AUGGGUGCCAGUGAAAGCAAGCUGUCUGUGGCAUCAACGCCAAAGCUAGAGCCGAGCCAGCGGCCGAGAGCAGCGCGUGUAGCGCGACUCUCAGACCCGCGUUCACCGUCCUGCGCGAUCGACCGCACACCUAUACAGGUGGGCGUGGCUUACACUCCUCUUCCGGUGGUGGAGUCAGUCGGGCCUGUGUUUGACCCCCGCUCACCCACACCUGGCAUCACUCGAACACCAAUGAAGGUGAGCGUCGCGUCUCUUGCUCGGCGGCUGAGCACCUUCUUUCUUAAUGACGUCAAGUCCGGUAGCGACUGUGUUACUCCCCUUCCUCCGGUCUCCUUCACCAAACACCCCAGCCUGCCCAGUGGGAAUCAGCAAAAUGAAGCAGGCCCCAGAGAUCCUCUGCUCCCUGUGGUAAAAGCCCAGAACUCAUCCACCCUCAACGGGGGCACAGAUGCUGUGUCCACCCCUGUGCUCUCUUCUCCUUCAAAGGGCUACGGCUCCAUAUGCAGCAGCCCAUUUGUGUUGAUAGGGGAGACACAGGUGGAGGAGGAGGUGGAUGCUGAGGCCUCGCUGGAAGAGGCAGAGGAGGCUCUGUUGCUCGGUGCUUCACCAUUAAGGAAAGAGCUCAGUUUGAGCCUUCUUGCUUGUCGUGAAGGUGUUUACUCAUCUUCUCUGGAGGAACGUCCUCUGACUCCUCUUCCUCCUGCUGAGAGGCAGGCGAAUGAAGGUCACUCCUACGCGCUCUUCUCAGUCCCACCACAAUCCACCACGCCUGCUGUUGAAGCUGUUGUGACCUCCGAGGCAGAUGAGGUCCCGCCACAGACCUCAGAGGAACAGGUGACUUCUGCACUUCCAGAGUCAAGCCAUGAGCAGCAGGAGGAGAGCAAACCUCCCACACCUCAACUUGCUGUGGCCUCCAGCAAACCCAGCCCAGUGACCAGCGCCCAGGUUGAAGCGGUCCAGUCCGGCAUCCGUUGUCUGAAGUUUGACACCCGCAGCCCAAGUCAGGCCAUUUUUAAGCCCCAAUGGUUGGGCGUGGGCUUCGGGAGCACUGGAGUCAGAGCGAGAGGGGUACAGGCGCGUGGAAAAACAUCUGUGUCCUCACCGCUCUCCACCAAAAACACAGCCACGAAUGAGAAUAACAACAUGGUUGUGCGCAGCAAACAGAGACCAAGAGAAAAAGUUCUGAUUGGUGAGGGCAGAUCGCCUCUGCAGAUCCUGAGGGAGGCGAAUUCACCCAGAGACCGCAACUCCCAGAUGAAGUUGAAAGUGUCCACCCCUGAAAAACAGAGAUUCAGCCAGAUGGACAGGAGAGCUCUGAUUCUGUCACUCAACAAGGAGAACGAGUGAGACGAACGGAGCAGACCAGGAUAAAUCCAGCCAACACUAUGUAUAUACUACAGUUUUAAGCCUUAAACUACAUGAUCAUUCUUUUUUCCUAUUCUUUACUGUUUCUUUGUGUGUUUGUGUA